UUUCUCUCUUUUUUGGUAGUUUAUGCCCGCUAUAGUAGAAUGGUAAAUGUGCUUUAACCAAAUUGAUUAAUCAAGUGAUGUGUCAUUCAGCAAACAAUAGACAAAAAGUGGAGCGGUAUGGUCAAAAAAGAUUCGAUAAGCUGGAAAUGGAUCAUGAAAAUUCCUUGCCCUGGGAAUCACCAAGGUCAUUCUGUUAGGUAUUGUUUGUCUUCAGAAAGGUCACAGUGAUAGAACAGGCAAGACUAAUUACUUUUCAAGAGUUAAAUAAAUAACAACAUCGUUUAGGGUUUUACGCGCUUUUUGUUUUUAUAUACAGCUAUACAUUCAUCUAACUCUGACAAUAUCUUUAUGCACGCUUAGAAAAUAAGCUUAAACCACUGGAAGGCAUUCUCAGAGAAGAAUAUCCAAUAAUAUAAUAUUAAAUUCAGCAGAUUUCCCUUGAAGGUUAUCCCUUAAUAUCUUUUCAAUCAGCAACUCUUUCAGGAGAUUUGAUAGCAUGUGUUCAAAAAAUCAUCCAAUUCCUCAUUUUCAAGCCAUUCUCAACUGCACAUUUAAAAAAGACUAAUGUGUUGUGUUUGGUUUUUUUUUGUUACUGUUGUUUUUCUAAUGGAUUUUUCUUUUAAGAUCCUGCAGGUUCUAAAUGUGUUUAAAGUAGCUUCAGAAAUAUGAAGUUCUGCAUAUGUUCAAAGGAAUAGAUCUCAAAGAUGUUAAUUACACCUGGAUGUAGACAUAUAUCAUGUUUCAUAAAAUAGUUAGGAACCUAAACCUAUUUGUCACUUAUAUAAUUCUGAAAGUUCAUUUCUACUACCAUUAUGAACAACUCAGGAAGAGGGUACACUUUGAAGUACAACUAUGAUUGAUUAGACUAAAGAAAUUCCAGUGCUUCGUUGUGUACUACUUUAAUCUUUUGUAAAGUGAAUGAGCAGCAGAUGGCCUAAUAAAGACACUCUGUAUGUUUGCCCAGUAUGGAUUUGCUCUGAAGGGAUUGGUUCAACACUUUAGAGUACAUAUAUUUGGAAUACAUCUGUCUUAGUCAAGACAGAUGGCUAAAGGAAAGAGAAACUUCCAAACACUUGGAAUUAAUCCAGUGUGAGCACUGCUUUUGAAUGAAAUUUUAAUGGGAUAUGACUGUUGUUGUGUUAGUUUUCUUGGAAGAAUGCAGCUGUUCAUAGUGCAGACAUAUAGAAUUUUGAUGGCUACUGAACAUAACUGUUUAUGCUUACUUUUGAAAUACAGCUAUUUUUGGUAGUAUCUGUGUUCUAAUCAGCCUGUUGAUAAGGAGAAGUAUUCAAUUCCUAGCAGCAGUUGGGUAUCUCUCAUCAUGUAAACUAACUGAAACACCUAUGUAGAACACUAUUAAUACUAUCCAGUAUUAAAAUUAAACUUGUUAAUAUGAGACUUUAAAAGUAUAGGCGUGUUCUUUCAAUCCCAUGCAAUGUGAUACGUUAAAUCACAAGAUUCCUUUUAACUACUAAUUUUUAUAUAACAUGCAAAUUUGAAAAAUCUAUUGAGUGUGGAUCACAGAUCAUGUGUGAAUUAUAUGCCUGUGCAAGUAAUUCAGAAACAAGCCUGUUAAGCUUAAAACGUUCCCAACAGCUAAAGAGUUCAGUAAACAGUGAAUGAUCUGGAAAUUUGCCAAACGUUUUAGUUUGUGUAUUAAGAUACUACAGUUGUGGUGACGUCUAUGUCAUGUAAAAGCUGUCCAUUUCAAUUAGAUUUUCUGCUAACGUGACUGCAUUAGUAUUUAGACUGGCUAUAUUCAUCUCAUACUGUUUUUAACUGUUAUAUUCUUGUUUUCUGUUUUGCAGUAAUAACAAGUAGUGGCUAUAGCCCAAGAUCAGCGCACCAGUACUCUCCGCAGAUAUAUCCCUCCAAGCCCUAUCCACACAUUCUUUCUACACCAGCAGCUCAAACAAUGUCUGCCUAUGCCGGACAAACCCAGUAUUCAGGAAUGCAGCAACCAGCAGUCUAUACAGCCUACUCACAGACAGGACAGCCAUACAGCCUACCUACUUACGAUUUGGGUGUAAUGUUGCCAGGCAUCAAGACGGAAAGUGGGCUCUCGCAGACACAGUCACCACUGCAGAGUGGGUGCCUCAGUUACAGUCCAGGGUUUUCCACUCCACAGCCAGGCCAAACACCGUAUUCUUAUCAGAUGCCAGGUUCUAGUUUUACACCAUCAUCCACUAUUUAUGCAAACAAUUCUGUUUCAAAUUCUACGAACUUCAGUAGUUCACAACAGGAUUAUCCAUCAUACACAGCUUUUGGCCAAAACCAGUAUGCACAGUAUUACUCAGCAUCAACAUAUGGUGCAUAUAUGACCUCAAACAACACGGCCGAUGGCACUUCAUCAUCAUCAUCAACUUACCAGUUACAGGAAUCUCUCCCUGGCCUGACUAGUCAACCAGGGGAGUUUGACACAGUACAGAGCCCCUCCACGCCAAUCAAAGAUCUUGAUGAGAGAACAUGUAGGAGUUCUGGGUCAAAGUCUCGGGGUAGAGGGCGGAAGAAUAAUCCAUCACCCCCUCCGGACAGUGACUUGGAGCGUGUUUUUGUAUGGGAUUUGGAUGAAACAAUCAUAGUUUUUCAUUCGCUGCUUACAGGAUCCUAUGCACAAAAGUAUGGCAAGGAUCCACCAAUGGCGGUGACCCUUGGAUUGCGAAUGGAAGAAAUGAUUUUUAAUCUUGCUGAUACGCAUUUAUUUUUUAAUGAUUUAGAGCAACAGACACAUAAGGAAGUAAAACCCUGGAUAUUCCUUCACCAGUCGGUGUUUUAUUGCAGUCUAAGUGAGUCAUCACUUGACAAUGCAAGUGCAUUCGGUGAACGUUCUCUUUCUGGUGCCCUGUACCGAGGUUAG